AUGACAGGCUCCAUUGAAAAGAAAAAGCCCGUCUUCGUCCUCGUGCCCGGUGCCUCUCAGAAUCCAGCACAAUAUGGCUACCUACUCCACCUCAUUCAGUCGGCCGGCUACGGAGCUUCCACCGGCUUACUCCCUAGUAUUGGCGCUCAAGGGACUGUGACUGCAACGGAUGAUGCUGAUUAUAUCCGCGACAGGCUGUUGUUGCCUGUGCUGGAUGUUGGUAAUCACGACGUGAUCUUGAUCAGUCACUCAUACAGCGGUAUGCCCGCCAGCGCGGCUGCUCGGGGCCUUGGUCCCGCCGACCGGGCCGCUGAGGGUAAAAGUACCUCAGUCCUGGGUCAAAUCUUCCUUGCAACCAUCUUGCCCCGCGGUGGAGAUAAUUUGAGUGUCAUUGAUGGAUUUGGUGGGAAUUUGCCUCCCCACAUGUACAAAGAUGAAAAGGAAAACCUUCUCAAAUGCGACGAUCCCACACCCCCUCUCUUUUAUGACGUGGAGCCUAUCCUCGCUGAGGCGGCUACACAAGGCUCCCUCAGCCAAGGAUUGACUUCAUUCUCAAGCCCCUGUCCUGAGGCGAGCUGGCACACCGAUCCCUUCCGUAACCGUGUCGCCUACAUCUACACCCUCAAGGAUCACGCUGUUCCCUACGAGGCGCAGGUCGCCAUGGUGCAGGCUACGGGAGUAGAGUGGAUCACCCGCGAGAUCGCCAGUGGUCAUAGCGCGCAGCUAUCCAACCCCAAAGAGCUUACCAAAAUUCUUCUAGAGUUGGCUGAGCAGUGGUAA